UUACCUAUACCUAUGAUGGCAAACAUGUCGGAAAGUAAAUCAUCUUCAGAAACCUACUGGCGACUAUCAACGUCAUUGCAAGAAGCUCAUGCAAAGGUCCUAAUAGAUCGAAUUAAGUUUUCUGAUGAUAGCAGUAGUGUGUUAGAAAUUGGAUGUGGAACUGGGGCAACUGCAGCAUAUCUGGCCCGAGAUGUGGUCAAGAAUGGAACAGUAACUGGCUGCGAUCCUCAAGAGAACAGAAUCCGCGUAGCCGCUGAGAAGUACUCGGACAUAGAAGGACUGGAGUUUAUAAGAUGCACUGGAGUUGAAGCUUUGAAGGGUAAAGAACAGGCCUACGAUGUUAUAUACAGCAAUUAUGUACUGAAUUGGAUGUCUGAUGAGGAAUUUGAGGAGACAAUAAGGUUAAGCUUUAUUGCAAUGAAAUCGGGGGGAUUUGCAGCCCAUAAUAUUUGUGAAACGACGCCUGAAAAUUUUUUAAAAUUGCUUGAGAAUUUAAAUGCUGAAAAUGUGAAGAGGCGCAUUCAAACGGGAAAGCCAAUCAGCCUUGAAAGGCUUGUUGAUGUAUCAGCAAAAGUUGGCUUUAAGGUUGUAGACUCAGGUCGGGUUCCUAUGGUAACAAAAUUUGAUGACUUGAGGGACUAUCUACGUUUACUGAAUGCGACACUGUGUGGAAAAUUUGGUAUCGAAGAAAGAUGCAUGAAAAACAAACACAAUAUUGAUUUGCCAAAGGAUGAAGAUGGCAAAAUAAUUCAUGUUAAUCCAUCAGCGUUUGUCGUUUUAGAAAAAUUAUGAGAAGUAAACACGAGGCUUUAAGAAAAUUAAGUGAAUAAAAGCACCCAACCAAGUUACUGAAAGAGAACAAAAUAAAGGUUGAUGUUUCAUUUGCUUUUAUUUGUUUGUCUUCUAUUAUAUAAA